AAUGAGCCGUAUUCAUACUAGAGAAGCAUAUCCUUGGAAGCAUAAGGUAAAAGUAGAAGGUUUUGCUUCGGAGCAAAAGGUAGAAGCAUAUCCUUGUUUUCAUACUCGCGAGGAUAUCCUCCAAGAAGAAGUAAAGGGUUGACUGGUACUUGUAUCUUGAGCGACAUGUCCUGACUUAUUCCAGCAUGUAAUUGACGUGGGAGUUCGUUCACUCAGCAUCACUGACAGUUGUACUCCAGAGCUUACACAGAC